AUGGCGCUAUCAAGACUUAUGGCAAACACCGGAGGCCCACUUGCAAGUAGAAGGAAACUGCGUAUGGACACAACACAGUCAGUGCUACUAUACGGUAGCGAAAUAUGGGCCGAUACAUUAAAUGUAGAAAAUAGGCGGAAAGUGCUCGCUGAAGUGCAGAGAACAGCAGCCCUGAGAGUCGCCUCGGCAUACCGCACUGUAUCCGAACCCGCAGUGCUAGUGAUAAGCGGCGUUAUCCCAAUAGACCUUCUCGCAAAGGAGAGAAGACAACUCUGGCUAUGGAAGAAAGACGGUAUAGAAACACACAUGGCCACAAGACAACAGGCGAGGAAGCAAACUCUUGAACUCUGGCAAGAUCGUUCGACAAAGAAGCAUGAAGAACCGUAG